AUGUCGGAAACAGAAGCUGAUGAAUUUUUCGACGCAGUAGAAACCCUUGAUCCCGAUGAUCAGUCCAAUGAGCCGGUGAAAAAAGGGUCUUCUCCAACUCCCGCUAGUCCAGCACAACAGGCAUCGUCCCCAGUUGAUCCUCCUCCUGUUGAGGAAAGAUGGAGUAUCAUGAUGAAAAAUCUUGUGCAAGCUGUGAAGAAUGCCGAUGACAGAAAAAGAGAGGGCAAUCAAUCUUUCAAAGAAGGGCGGUUUCCUGAUGCAGAAUCAGUUUUGGGAGGGCUCUAUUUCAAGACACCUUUAGAUUUUUAA